ACGUGCGCGUGCUGCCCCUCUAUCUCCUCCUAUCUAUAAAACACCACGCCGGACCGGACCACACGCACAGCGGCAUCACCAGCUACAGCUAGCAUAGCAAGGACCACGACGUGCCGACGGCAGAGAAGCGCAACUCAACUCGUCGGGCUUCCUUUUUCCCGUUCUUUGAGGCGCAAAGGAAAAACCAAGCAAGAGGGAGAAGGCUACCUAACCUAGCUAGCUAAGGACGAGCAAUGGAGGUGGCCGCAGCAGCGAGCUACAGCUACUACGGCUUGGAGGCGGCCGACGACGACGUCGACAACCUCAGGGCCACGGAGCUCAGGCUCGGCCUGCCGGGCACGGAGGCGGCGGAGGAGGAGGAGGAGGCCCGGCAGGCCCAGAAGGUGGCGGCGCCGCCGCCGUCCACGCCCAGGGGCAAGAAGCGCGACGGCGUCAGCGGCGGGAUCGACGCCGCGCCGCCGGCCGCCAAGGCUCAGGUGGUGGGGUGGCCGCCGGUGAGGUCGUACAGGAAGAGCUGCUUCCAGCAGCAGCAGGCGGGCGCCAAGGGCAAGCCAGCGGCGGCGGAUGAGGGUGCUCCGGGUCCGGCGGGCGGCGGGGUGUUCGUGAAGGUGAGCAUGGACGGCGCGCCCUACCUCAGGAAGGUGGACCUCGGCACGUGCGGGGGCUACCGCCAGCUGCGGGAGGCGCUGGAAGCCAUGUUCCUCUGCUUCUCCGGGCCGGGCUCGGGCGACGCGUCCGGCGGCGGCGGCGGCGGCAGCCCCUCCGACUUCGCCGUCACCUACGAGGACAAGGACGGCGACCUCAUGCUCGUCGGCGACGUGCCCUUCAGACCACUUUGGAUUCAUACCAUUACUAUCUCACUUACAUGUGGGUUCACAUGAGUCAAUGACAUCAUGUUCAUCGGCACCUGCAAGCGGCUGAGGAUCAUGAAGGGGUCUGAGGCCAGACUAGGCCUCGGGUCAGCCAAGAACAACGACUGAGGGAGAGGGAGACGACGACCAUUGUGCAGACCCGACCGAGAUCCACGCACACGGCGGCUUGUGCACGCGUGAGCGGGGGAUUGUUGUGCGUCCGAGGCAUGGGGUAGUAUGGGCUUGUGUUGUACCAUCCCCUCCUCGUCUGCCAUCAAUGAGAAGAUGAAGCUGCUUGCUUGGAUUGGAACGAGGGGACGGAGAUGGAGAGAGAUAGAAAAGCUUUAAUUUGUGCAUCCAACCAAGUGGAGUGGAGUGGAAUGAUGUGUGGUCGCUUUGUUCUUUUGUUUUUUUUUUAUUUUGUGGUACUAGUAGGGGGUGUUAGCAACACAAAAGGAGUGGAGUUGAAUCUCCAUGCACGCGUGUCUGUACAAAAGCUAAAGAUCACUCUUCUUUCCCUGUCUUAAGUUACAUAUCUCUAUUACUUAUUAAGUUAGCAAUAGUAGCCUGCCUUUUUGUGUUC